AUAAAUAAAUUCUAUUUGUUAUAUAUACGUCUUUCUCUGUGUAAGGAAUCAUUUAAGAAUAUUUCAGUAGUACUACUCCAGCAUUUAAUUAUGCUACCUACACAAUCAGAGAAGUUUCUAUGUCCCAUGUGCAAUGGAACAGGCGUUUGUGGAAAAGAUAAGGUACCAACGAAUUAUGUAAAGCCAACAUUGCGAUUACCACCUAUGAGUUUACAGUCUAUAAAUUCUUCAUCCAUUUCAAAAAAUGAAGCUGUCCAAAUUUCUCAAUUUAAUGCUGCUGGAGAUGUGCAUCUUCCAUCAUUACCUCACAUGUAUUAACAAGUCUAAGGAAAGCAACUUUACUGGCAUCAUGGGAGAUUAUUCUAUAACAGUUGAGCAUGACUUGCUAGGGCCACUAGAGAGGAUAAAUAAUCCUCAUGAAGUUUUAAGACAAUCAAUUGCGAAAUUAAAACAGAACCAGUGGGAGAGUAGUACCGAAGCUAUUUUAGAUAUUAUUCAAAUAUCAAGAUACUAUCCAGAAAUGCUUGAUCCAAAUAUGUCACUUAUCAAUAGAAGUUUGUGCAGUUUAAUGAGAAACACACGACCUCAUAUAGUUAGAACAGCUUCUAAAGUGGCUAUGGAAUUAUUUGAAACAAUAAAGUGUACUCAACGACCCGAAUUUGACGAAUUGGUAGCCAUACUUCUGCAAAAAACUGCACAUAUGAAUAAAUCUGUACGACAUGAUGUUAAUAAAGCUCUGGAUACCAUGAUAGUCCAUAUACCAGUAUCUCACUGCACUCGCGCAAUCACGUCGGCAGCAGGUCACAAAAAUCCAUUAGUACGAUCUACCGUCAGUCGACUUCUAAUAACAAUCGUAGAAUUGAUUGGUGUGGAUUCAUUCUUUUUAUCACUUCAUUUAAAGGAUACUCGACGUAAAAUAUUUGUAGUAUUGGCUAAAUUUAUUAUUGAUGGUAAUUACGAAACAAGAAACAAUGCAAAAACACUUAUUAAGCUGUUAAUGGCGCAUGAAGAUUUCGAGACUUUCUUCAAUCAAGAUGUUGAUUGCAAGUUAUUAGAUAAAAUAGAUAAGCAAAUAAUUAAUUUAAAGUAUAGUACAUGAUAUUGAAAACGGAAACUCACCACAUUCUGCUAAUUAUUGUUUAAAUAAACUUUUAUUUUUGCAUACGGAAAACCAAGCUAGGCUUAUCAACAUAAAAUGAGAAUUUAAGUAAUCGUGUUUUAGAUGACAACUCAAUUGAUUAAUUACCUAAAUGUGUUCAAAUAAUUAUUGCUUAUUCUGAUAAUGCCCGUAGAAGCAGAAUUAAUGAAUCUAUCUUUUACUCAACAAUUAUAUCUACUAUUUAAACGUCUAAUUAACAAUUUAGUCCGCGCAUAUACUUUAUUGACCCGCUUGAUAAAAAUCCGGUAUUUUUGCAAACGUUAUUAUGACACAAGUAACAUGUCAUUUGACACUGAACUGCAAAAAUUUUAGUUGAUAUCAAAAUACCUGUACAAUUUUCAUGGAAAGUGAUCUCUCGUGAUGUCGUAAGUAAAUCUCAUGUCUCGAUUUAAGCACACUUCGUAGAUACCCGAACUUCUAAUGCCCAGUGUAGCCUACGCGGUUGGAGCAAAAGCACGAGUGGUAUUUACUGGCUGUUCUGGUUUAUUUGUACCAUGGAGAAUUAUAGAAACCCACGAUAAAAAAAGUUAGGAUCUUUAAAUAUAAAUCGUAAAAAUAAACAGUUUGAAAUUAAAAGAGAUGAAUGAGAUUGCGAAGAUGUACUAAUAAAAAGUGUCAACAUGU